AUGGAUAAAGCACAAAUAUCGAACUCUUCGCAAAGUUUUGCGUACUUGCCCAAAGUCAUAAACGGUGGAAUCGCUGGUAUAAUAGGCAUAGCAUGCGUUUUUCCAAUUGAUCUUGUGAAAACCCGUCUGCAAAAUCAAAGAGUUACUGGCAACGGAAGAAUUCAAUAUAAGGGGAUAAUUGACUGUGCAAAACAAACGUGGCAUCAUGGAGGAAGAACUGUUUUCGCAAAAAUACGAGGAAUUUAUUCUGGAGUUGGAGUGAAUUUGUUACUUAUAACUCCUGAAAAGGCUAUAAAGCUAGUUGCAAAUGAUUUUUUCCGAUUUCACCUUGCUGUACCAUAUCAAGAACAGUUGCCUCUAGUAAGAGGGAUGAUAGCUGGUGGAGGAGCAGGAUUUUGUCAGAUCAUCGUUACAACGCCAAUGGAACUUCUUAAAAUUCAAAUGCAAGAUGCAGGAAGAACGACAGGUCAAACGGAACCAAAAAAAUUAUCUGCAAUUGGUUUGACAAUGGAUUUGUUAAGAAAACGAGGUAUUUUUGGCCUUUAUAAGGGUAUUGCUCCAACAAUGGUUCGUGAUGUCUCAUUCUCCGUGCUAUACUUUCCGUCAUUUGCAUAUUUGAACAGUUUGGGCCCUCGUUCUAGUGAUGGAAGUGGAGUCACUGUAUUUUACUCUUCAUUUUCUGCUGGUUUGACAGCAGCUGCUUUCAGCUCGUUUUCUGUAACGCCAUUAGAUGUAAUCAAAACACGCAUGCAACUGAUCAGUCGUGGUGAGGGUGAAGCAGAAUAUCAGAAUAUUUGUGAUGCUUUCAUGAAAAUAUUACGACAUGAAGGUCCACGUGCGUUAUUUAAGGGUGCGGUGUGUCGGAUGUUGGUAAUGGCUCCUCUUUUUGGUAUUGCCCAAAUGGUGUAUUAUACAGGAAUUGCAGAAUUUUUCCUUGGUAUUCCAAAGACUCUUUAA